GAAAUUUCUUCCCUGGCACUGGUUAAGGAUCCAAUUAGGAGGGGUAUGCAUUUCUAGUUUUUGCAAGAGUCUAGUAAACUGCCAAAGCACACAACUGCAUCUCCAGCAGUUUGCCAGUUUCUGGUACAAUACCAGAUCCAAGAAUAACACUGACUCAAGAACUGCAUUAUAAUGUACCAAGAGCAUUAAUGUGGGAAGAGCAUGGGGAUUUCAUGGAGACGUUUUCUAUGAUGAAUGAUCUAUGGAUAUGGACAUAUAUUCAUAGAUGAAGUUUAGUGCAGCUACAACAAGAAAGAUGAAGAUGUUAAUGAGGCUUGCAAAGAGGUCAUUAAUCUGGAUCUCCCUUAUUGGACUGGCAUUCUUCAUAUCAACAAUCAUUCACCAACUUUCUGGAGCAAACAAACUUCCAAGUACAUCAUCCAUAACGUUAAAGCAACCAGACAGAGCUAGUAUACACCAGGAUACACCCAAAAAAAGUUUAGAUUUGCCAGUAAUCAUUAAGCCGAAGAUAUCAAAGGAGGAUUAUCAAGCCGCUGAAGAUGAUAUGAAAUAUCGUAAAAGUCAUGUAGAAGACACUUGUAAAAGACUGGGCAAGACAGGAGGUCAGCUUUCAGCAGUCACGCUUAAGCAUAUUGUUGUUGAUGACAAAUAUAAGUAUUUGUACUGUUACAUACCCAAGGUUGCUUCAGGUAGUUGGUUACGGCUACUUCUACCAUUGACCUACCCCAAUAUAAGUAUUGCGCAGAGUGACAUACAACAUAGGGAGCAGGUUCGGAAGCUCAGUGAUUAUUCGCCAGAGGAAAGACUUUUCCGACUAUAUAAUUAUCUCAAAUUUACUUUUGUCAGGAAUCCAUAUGAGCGAUUUCAGUCAGCAUUUGCGAAUAAGUUCACAGAACCCAAGAUAGAAUCCAUACGCAAAUCAAUUGGUCCAACUAUUCUCCGACGAUACAGGAAGAAUCCUACUGAAGAAUCAUUGAAGACUGGAGAAUGGGUCCAAUUUCACGAGUUUGUCCAAUAUCUUAUAGACCCAAGAACUAAAUCCUUUAAUGAACACUGGGACAGAUUUACUUCGUUAUGUGAUCCAUGCAAUGUAAACUAUGACAUCAUUGGUAAAUAUGAGACUAUAGUCAGAGAUGGAAAUUAUAUGCUAUCAAGGAUAAAUGCAAGUGCCACAUUCACUUAUAAGCCAUAUAAAUCUGCCCAGACAACAUUUAAAGUUAAGAAAGCCUAUGGGAAAGUUUCACCAGCUGAUUUCCGUAGUCUUGGAGACACUUUCCAGGAUGACUUUGACAUAUUUGAAUAUGACAAAACAAGAUUAACAAACACACUGUAACAUCAGAACUUGAACAAAAAAUAGCAAAAUGUUAUAUAAAACAUUUCUAGGUAGUCUUCAUUCCUGAUUUAUUGUUAUAAAAAUUUAAAAACACAUAUCGGUGAUUUCCCCAGCACUGAACCAACUGCAACCUGAUGACAUUUCAAAAAUUAUGAGCCACCCUGUUUGUAUCCUGUUAACAGGUUAAAAAGAUGAAAUACAUGUAUUAAGAUAAUUUGACCAACCUGUGUAAAAUAUAGGAUUUAGGACUUGAACCCACAGACAUUCGAUCUAUUUUAAAUCUCAGCAUUCAUUAAAAUACUCAUGAAAAUAUAUCAUAAAUCAAGUCACUAAAGAAAUAGAAAUACAUGUACAUUUGUAAAUAGAGAUUAUCCUGGGGUCAUUAACAGAAACUUCGUAAAGUUACAAAUUUGUAAAUCAAUUGUUGUAACCAUGGAUACAAGGAAAUCACAGUAAGAGAACAAUGGAUUUUUUAAAUUUUUUAACUUAACAAAUUAUCUGUUAAUGGCCCCCUGAUGUGGUUCAGAAUACUGGGAUAGCAUCGAGGGAUAAUCCCAAUAUUCUUUCUCAUUUAUUUCAUAAUUUGUUCAUUUUGAGGUUAAUGUGUAUUUUUGAAAGGACAUGUAUAUGUACCUAUUUAUGGAACAUAGAAAUAUGUCAUACUGAAUUAUUGAAGGCAAAUAAAAAUAACAAGGAAUACUC